GAACUUCAUCCCGUUUGAUUCCGACAAAGUCUGCAUGGGAUGGACGUGGUAUCUUGGGGACGACAUGAUCUUCUUCAUUGUUGGCAUUGCCAUCAUCCCCAUCUUCCACCGAGCCAAGCUAUUGGGCUGGUUCCUGCUACUGUCGUUGACUGGCAUCUCGCUGGGAGUCACUGCCUUUCUGAUCACGAAGUAUCACCUGUCUGCGUACAUCUUCGAUCAGCACUAUGCCGAGUAUUCUUACUAUGCUUACAGCAAGCCGUACACCCGUGCCCCGGCCUACUUCGUGGGAGUGGCUGCAGCCUGGGUACUGCAGACCAUGGAGGAGCGAGGCAUCACACGAGAGUCGCAAAUUUUCGGGCGGAAACAAGCACUUGCCACCACCGCGGCGGCCUUGCUCGCCGGGGGCGUCCUCUGCCUCAUCGUUUUCAUCCCGUCCACCGAUUUUGGAACCUCUCGCAACAGCUGGAACAACUUCGAGAGCGUCCUUCUCCUCGACUUCGGGCGCUUCUUCUGGGCGCUGUCAUGGGCGGUGAUCACCUUGCUGUGCUACUACG